AUGAAAGCAAUACUCGAUGAUUCUUCCUCUACCGAUGGUCCCACCUCCAAAUCACCCGAGACUGAAAUUUUCGUGGACCGACUCUCGCAGGUAGGUCUGUGUUAUCGGAGUGGCACAGAGAAGAAAGUCGACGCACGGAAGAACAAGAAGUCCGGGAAGAAAUCCGGUGGGAGUUCAGUAUCUAGGGCAAACAUGUACCUCCCACCGAUGCCUUUGAAGGAGCCGAUUUCAGUGCUCAAGAACUUUGACAUUCGAUCUCAUGAAAUUCCGGAAGUGGUGUGCUUUCUUUGGUUGUGUUAUUCCUGUUUGAAAUUCCUUGGAGAAUCUCCGGCAACUCGAUCUUGUUCGCAAACCCUACCACCAAGUUUGAAUUCGGCCCCAAAUGCAAAGGAGAUGAUAGUCGGCACUCGGCAGAAUGGAACGUCGUCGACAAUUCAAUGA